UCUGCAAAUGUAAAGGGAAGAAACAGCCCAUCUAAUUUGAGAGAGGUUGUGCUUCCAAGUGAUAUGGAUAAGGUUAGAAUUGAAGAGCUGCCGUUGUACAGUUUUGAGAUGAUAGUAACUGCAACUAGCAAUUUCGACACGAGGAAUAUGUUAGGAAUGGGAGGUUUUGGUCCAGUUUAUAAGGGAAGCAUGGCCAACGAAGACAUGAUUGCAGUGAAGAGGCUCUCAACAUCGUCCGGGCAAGGGUACAAGGAGUUCAUGAACGAAGUGUUGGUGGUAUCCAAACUCCAACAUCGGAAUCUAGUGAGGCUGUUGGGAUGUUGUGUCGAGAGAGGAGAGAAGAUGUUGAUCUAUGAAUACAUGCAGCAUAGAAGCUUAGAUUUGUAUCUCUUUGAUAAAGCACACGACAAACAGUUCAAUAUCAUGGAAGGCAUCAGGAGAGGCCUAUUGUAUCUCCACAGGGACUCAAGGCUGCGAAUAUUUCAUCGUGAUCUCAAGCCUAGCAAUGUCUUACUAGACGAGGAUCAGAACCCGAAGAUUUCAGAUUUUGGCAUGGCGAGGAUAUUUGGAGGCAACCAAGAUUAAGCCAACACUGGCAAAGUUGUGGGGACUUAGUGUAUAUAUAUAUACCUAUAAAAUUGAGAAUAUAUAGUGAUUUCCAACUAAAACAGAGUAUUUUGUAGUGGGUAUAUGUCUCCAGAAUACGUGAUGGGGGGCAAAUUUUCGUAGAAAUCUGAUGUUUUUAGCUUUGGAGUGAUUGUGUUGAGAUGAUAAGCGGGAGGAGGAACACGAGCUUCUACAACGAAGAACUCUCGUUAGGGCUUCAUGGAUAUGUAACCCUAGGUUUAAAUGAUCAUAUAAUAAUGUUUAUGUACUCGUUUGUUGGUGUUGUGUCAAGGCAUGGAAGGUUCGGAAUGAAGGGAAUGUGGAGGAUUUCGUUGAUAUGGAAAUAUAUAGUCCAAAUUUGAAGGGAGAGAUAGUGAGAUGCUUACACAUUGGUCUCUUGUGUGUUCAAGAAUUGCCCACGAAUAGGCCUAUUAUAUCGACUCUUCUGUUGAUGCUGAGCACUGAGAUCGCUGAUCUUCCGUUGCCGGAGCAGCCCGUCUUCACCGAUCAGUGGAGCCGUUGGCCGACACAAACACCAUCAGCCAAUCAGGUCACUCACACCGCGAUGGAGGAAAGAUGAUGAUGAGAAAUAUAGGCCUUGAUUAUAUAAUAAAAACAUGUUUGAUAGAGAAGAUAAUUCAUCUAUAUGUGGAAUUCUAUGACCAAAAUUUUUUUUUAUAUUUGAUCGUUGAAUUCCAAACAUAAUGAGUUAUCUUCCUUACCAAAAGAAAUUUUUAUA